AUGGAUACAUCCACAUCUGUUAAGAAACGCUUAAAAAAGAAACCAAAUAAUGAGGUCAGUGAACUAGAGACAGACAGUUAUUUAGAAAAAUCCAUCAAUAAUGGUCAAGAAGUCAUUCUUCCUGAUGAGUCAGAAAUGGUGUCAGAAGAUAUUCCAAAGUUAAAGGAAGUAGUCAAAGGAUCUUCAGGAGUAUACUUGCACUUACAAAUAAAUCUGGUAUUUGUUGGGUUACUGGCUUUAGCACUUAGCACAAGAUUACCCAACCUUGGUGAACCAUCAUAUGUUGUAUUUGAUGAAUUACACUAUGGUCGAUAUGUCUCUCUUUAUACAAAAGGAAUAUUCUUUUUCGAUGCCCACCCACCGCUUGGAAAGCAAUUAUUAUACCUUGCAGGCCGUGCAGCUGGAUUCGAUGGGAAUUUUACUUUUGACCGAAUAGGUACACCAUAUACUGAAAAUGUACCAGUAGCAGCUUUACGUCUUAUUCCGGCAUUGGCUGGAAGUUUCUUGGUACCUGUUACAUACGAAUUAAUGCUGGAGUUAUCGUUUUACCAUUGGACUGCAGCACUAGCAGGUGUUUUGGUACUUUUUGAAAACUGUUUCCUAGCACAGUCAAGGUUUAUGUUGUUAGAAAGCAUACAAAUACUCUUCGGUUUGUGUGGAGUGCUUUGUGCUAUUAAAAGUACGCGUCGAAAUGGACUUGCUAGUGUUAUAUGGCUUUGUAUCGCAGCUCUCUCACUUGGAUGCUGCUUUUCAGUAAAAUAUUCUGGACUAUAUUCUUUUUUUCUCGCGAUCUUCUUGGUUGGAAGACAAAUGUGGCGGCGUAUUGGGCAUUCGGAAUCUGGAGUGCGAUUGUUACUGUCAACCUUAUGGAGAGCAAUGAUACUUACAGUUAUUCCUCUCAUACUAUAUGUGACUGUAUUCUACGCUCAUUUGGCAAUGUUGCCGAAUGCUGGCCCACACGACAGUGUUAUGACGAGCGCUUUCCAGGCGUCGUUGCAAGGAGGUUUAGCCAGCAUCACGCGGGGUCAACCAUUACAUGUUGCUCAUGGCUCUCAAAUUACACUUAGGCAUGCCCAUGGACGUACGUGUUGGCUCCACUCUCAUGCGCACGUGUAUCCCGUCCGAUACGCGGACGGUCGCGGCUCCUCGCAUCAACAGCAGGUCACGUGCUACAGCUUUAAGGACGUGAACAACUGGUGGAUAGUAAAGCGACCCGAUCAGCCGUCGCUAGCGGUAUCUAGGCCUCCAGACGCAAUUCGGCACGGCGAUGUUGUUCAAAUAGUUCAUGGAAUUACUAGUCGGGCUUUGAAUUCUCACGAUGUAGCUGCACCGGUUUCGCCACAAGCACAGGAGGUAUCUUGUUACAUCGAUUACAACGUGUCGAUGUCAGCUCAAAACCUUUGGCGAGUGGAUAUCGUGAACCGUGACAGUGAAGACGCUACUUGGGACAGUAUCCGGUCGAUGGUCCGACUGAUCCAUGUCAACUCUGGCUCUUGUCUACGAUUUAGUGGUCGACAGCUACCCUCGUGGGGUUUCCAUCAACAUGAAGUGGUAGCUGAUAAAAUACUCACGCACGAGGAUGCUGUAUGGAACGUUGAGGAACAUCGUUAUACAAAAGCUGAAGAUAGAAAGGAACGUGAAAGGGAACUUGUUUCUGCAGAAAUGAUACCGACCGCUACAACGGAAUUGACGUUUUGGGAGAAGUUUGCUGAGCUACAAUACAAAAUGAUAGCACACGCGCCCGACGCUCCCCAGGGUCACAUGUUCGCUAGUGAGCCCUCAGAGUGGCCGCUACUAGUGCGAUCUAUCGCCUACUGGCUGUCACCUAAUUCGAACGCUCAAAUACACUUAAUCGGGAAUCUCAUAACGUGGUACACGGGGUCUAUAUCUGUGCUGUUGUAUAGCAGUUUGCUGGCAGUUUAUGCAAUUCGGCAAAGACGUAAAUUUACCGAUUUAUCUCCAAUGGCAUUGCAAAGGUUCUACGAUGCUGGAUACAUUCUUUUCUUAGUUCCAUUUAUAGUGGUCACUGAUAGAAAACAGAAUAAUUUAUCAUCGAAACUGACACCAUUUUGGCUAAUUCUAAUGUAG